ACCCGCUCGUUUCCUGGACUAUAAAGAUGUCGGGCCGGCCCUUCCACGAUAGCCUUGUUCAUAAACCUCCUCUAUUACACCUGUUUACAUCAAUCUCACAUCACCAUGGCUACCGCAUCUUUGAAAUCAUACUCGGCCUCGAGCUCGGCCCCGCCCACAUAUGAGAAUGCCUUCUACGAUACCCCAGUCUACGCAGACUCUUCUUCUGUUUCAGGAAGGGAAAAGGACCGGCGCGGAAGAAAGAACCGCAGACGUCUUUCUGCCCUAGACUACAUCGACUCUCUCGACGACUCUGUCUGCGGUGCAUUCCAUCAUGAGGGUCCCUUCGACGCAACCAUGUCCUACCGCAACAGCGGGGUCAAGUACCCCCCAGUGAAGGCCGUUCACUUGACCAACGUCGCCGCUCUGAAUGCCGUCCCCCGGGCCUCUAUUAAUGACUCCCUUCGGCGUCAUACUCCUAUCGACAACGUUGCUGCCCUCCCCCCUGGAUCAAGCCGUGAGGGCCUACGCUAUGAGGAAGAAGUCAUCUCAGAGGUUGACAACUACCGGCUGCAGCUCGCGGGCUCGCAAUGGCCAGGUGCGGAGUUCGCUACCGCUGCAACGAGACCGUCGCAACCUAAGGAUAACAGACGCUGGUCAGUUGAGUCGAGCGCGUCGAAGAUGUCUUCGGAUAGUGCGCAAUAUCUCUCGCCCGCUACCUCGGUCGAGUCGAGCAACUCGUGGGAGCAGCGCGAUGUAUCGCCUUCCUCUGGCAGCAAGCCCCGACGCCGACUAUCGAGAGCUAUCCACCAUCUUAGCCCCAACAAAUAAAGCUAGAUUUGCUCAUGUUUAUUGUUGACGUUUGUAUAUAGUUGGGAGGGAGUUUAAGGAAUAUGUAUUAUAUGAUUAUCGCUAUUCUAUGGGUGGUUGCAGUUUCUCUUGAGGUGUUUGUUGUGUAAAAUGUCACUCAGUUUUCAGGUCGUGCAGAUGAUUAUAGGAUUAACAGGGUGUUUCUUUAUACGUUCUUAGAAGUUAUUUGAGAAAAAAAU